AUGCGUCUUGGCUCAAAUAGUUAUGAUGUACAGCGAACGGAGGCCAUCGGUCAGGCACCCGUCAAGUCUCCGCCCCCAAAUCAGAUCAGGUGUACUGUAACAUUCUUGGAUAGCACUUCGUUCCAUUUUGAGAUAGAGAAGAAUUCCCUUGGAAUAGUUCUGUUGGAAAAGGUGUUCAACUAUUUGGAAAUCAUCGAAAGGGACUAUUUCGGAUUAGUUUUCAUCGCUGUCGAUAGCUCAAGUACACAACAGAAGAAAUGGCUGGAUCCAUCAAAAAACUUGCGGAAGCAGAUGGUGUGUCCGCCAUAUCAUCUAUUUUUCCGAGUGAAAUUCUUCGUACGAGACCCGAAUCGUCUUCGCGACGAGUUUACAAGGUUUCAAUUUUAUCAGCAAGUCAGGCAGAAUUUAGAAGAAGGAAAAUUACCAUGUAACGAAGGAUCACUUGCUCUAUUAGCUAGUUAUGUAGUACAAGUGGAGGUCGGUGACUUUGAGGAGAAAACCCAUGGUAUGUCGAGGGCAUGUCUCUGUUAUAAGAUUCAAUUUGCUACGCUUCCUGACGAUUUUUCCGAUCGGGUAGCUGAACUUCAUCAACUUCAUAUUGGCCAAACUCCUGAUAUCGCGGAGCAAAAUUUCCUUGACCAUGCUCGACGUCUUGAAAUGUACGGGAUGGAUGUUUACGACGGACGAGAUGCCAACAAUCUGCUAAUCGAAAUUGGAGUAGGCGCAGUUGGAAUCAAAGUAUUUCAUGACGGAAUAAAAAUGGAUGAAUAUGCAUGGGCAAGAAUUCGGAAACUUAGCUUUAAGAAGAAACAAUUUCAAGUUUUGGUGGCCAACGAAGAAGGAAUUAGCGAAACGAACAUAGUGUUCAAUAUUAUGUCAGCGAAAACUUGUAAACUUUUAUGGAAAUGUUGUAUCGAACAGCAUACGUUUUUCCGAUUGAAGGCUCCCCCAAAGACCCCACAAAGGAAAGUUUUUAAUUUUGGCUCAAAAUUUCGAUACAGUGGAAGGACGGAGUAUCAGACAUUGGAAGAAAAUGAACAUCGAAAGUCAGCAGGACAUCGGAAUUUUCAUAGAAGUCUAUCAAAAUCUUCCUUCCUUCGAUCCACCUUUUCUGGAAACACCCAAUCUAUUGACUCAUCUCGAUAUACCAACACCACGACUACAGAUUCUCCAGAACUCCCAUCCAGUGGUCAACUGUUGGCACGUCGUCUGUUGAGUUCCGCUCGUCACGACACCGACUCAUCAGAUGCACUCGGCUACGCAUCGGAUGGCGCCGUCGUAUGUGCUCCCCUCAUCACACCACUCUCCCCAAGACGCACUCGAGACUACGCCACAGAUAGCGAAUCAUCUGCACCGUCCCUUCGUCAGCAACGUCUCAGCAAAGAGGCGAUAUACUACGGAACACAAGAAAGUUGUGACGAGAAGAGUUGGACACCGAGCAUGGCAUGCACCUCAACAUCACCAGGAAUUCAUGCAACCGCUUCGAUACGACCUUCGACGACAGGAACACCGAAUGGAGCAUCUCGAAAAGCGACAAGUGGAUAUUCAGCUUAUGGAUAUGCCAAUUCGACACAAACACAACAACCAACGAGUACGACAAAUACUAACUACUCUCCCUAUAUGAAUGGAACGAUAUCCCGGUCAUCUGGAAUUGCAGUUGCCAAAUCUGCUCGAGGAGGUCUUCCACCCACAAAUCAAUCAUAUAACACUUCUAGUCCUCGUAACUCUGUCGCCAGCUAUUCAUCCUUCGCAUCAGCAGGAAUCGGUGGAAGUCCCCCAAGAUCCAGAAAAUCUCCCCAAAGCAAUAAAUCAAGCAGUCCAGUAGGGGAAGAUCAAGUAGUAACGAUAAAGAUGCGGCCAGAUAGACACGGAAGAUUCGGAUUCAAUGUAAAAGGAGGUGCCGAUCAAAACUAUCCAGUGAUUGUGUCGCGAGUAGCACCGAACAGUUCAGCAGAUAAAUGUCAGCCACGGUUGAAUGAAGGAGAUCAAGUGUUAUUUAUUGAUGGACGAGAUGUUUCAACAAUGUCUCAUGAUCAUGUUGUUCAGUUCAUAAGGUCCGCGAGAGCUGGAGCCAAUGGAGGAGAGCUUCAUUUGACUAUUCGGCCAAAUGUGUAUCGAUUGGGUGAAGAAAUCGACGAGCCAGACAGUCAAAUGGUUCCGGAGCCAGCGAGAGUUGCUGAUUCAGUGCCAAGAUCUGAUAAGUUAUCACAGUCACUUCAAUUAUUGAGUGAUGCAUUGACAACUGGAAAAGUGGUUGAUCAGUUCGAAAUGUUGUAUAGGAAAAAGCCUGGAUUGACAAUGAAUAUCUGCAGACUGAACGCAAAUGCAAGCAAAAAUCGAUACCGAGAUGUUUGUCCUUAUGAUGAUACUCGAGUGAUACUUCAAACAUCUGGAUCUGGAGAUUAUAUCAAUGCUAAUUUUGUGAAUAUGGAAAUUCCAUCUUCUGGAAUCAUCAAUCGAUAUAUUGCCUGCCAAGGACCACUCCUUCAUACAUCUGGAGACUUUUGGUUGAUGGUUUGGGAGCAAUUAUGUACGACUAUUGUCAUGUUGACUACAAUCACGGAACGAGGAAGAGUGAAAUGCCAUCAGUAUUGGCCAAGAUUGAAUGAGACACAGGAGUACGGUAGAUUGAUGAUCAGGUGUAUAAGAGAUAAACAGACACCAAAUUGUUGCUAUCGAGAGUUCAGUGUUCGAGAUAGGAGUACAAAUGAAGAGAGAAGAGUGACGCAAAUGCAGUACAUUGCCUGGCCAGAUCAUGGUGUUCCAGAUGAUACAAAACACUUUAUUCAGUUUGUUGACGAAGUUCGAAAAGCGCGUCAAGGAUCCGUGGAUCCGAUUGUCGUGCAUUGUUCAGCGGGAAUUGGAAGGACGGGAGUGUUGAUUUUGAUGGAGACUGCUGCUUGUCUUGUCGAAUCCAAUGAACCUGUUUAUCCAUUGGAUAUUGUAAGGACAAUGAGAGAUCAGAGGGCGAUGCUCAUCCAAACACCUGGACAAUACACGUUCGUGUGCGAUUCUAUUCUCCGGGCGUACAACGAAGGAACGAUCAAACCGUUGGCAGAAUAUCAGAAACGAUAG